CAUGGCUCCCCGCUGCAGCCACUGCUGCCCCCGAAAGCGGCUCGAGCGGAGGGCACUAGGACCGCGCACAGGGCGGGGGGCGUGGCCGGGCAGGAGGCGGUGGCCGGUGCGGCGCAGGCGCAAUGCGGGUGGGGGGGGGAUGUCAUGUCGUGGUUCGGUGCUGGAGCCGGGGGCCUGGAGGCCGCGGAGGCGCGGGCACGGUCCCGGCAGCAGGAGCGGCACUACCGGCUGCUGUCCGAGCUGCAGGCCCUCGUGAAGGACCUGCCCAGCCCCUGCCAGCAGCGCCUCUCCUACACGACGCUGAGUGACCUGGCGCUGGCGCUGCUGGACGGGACCGUGUUCGAGAUCGUGCAGGGGCUGCUGGAGAUCCAGCACCUCACCGAGAAGAACCUGUACAGCCAGCGGCUGCAGCUGCACAGCGAGCACCGCGGGAUGAAGCAGGAGCUCUUCCACCGGCACAAGGAGGCGCAGCAGUGCUGCAGGCCCCACAACCUGCCUCUGCUCCGUGCUGCCCAGCAGCGGGAGAUGGAGGCUGUAGAGCAACGGAUUCGAGAGGAACAACGGAUGAUGGAUGAGAAGAUAGUCCUGGAACUGGACCAAAAAGUGAUAGACCAACAGAGCACUCUGGAGAAGGCUGGUGUGUCUGGCUUCUACAUCACCACUAACCCACAGGAGCUGACUUUACAGAUGAAUUUACUGGAGCUGAUUCGGAAGCUACAGCAGAAGGAAUCCGAGUCCGAGAAGGCUUUUCCCUGAAUGAGCAAAUCUGCUGGUUUCUUCCUGGAGUUUUCUUCUCAUUUCCCUCUAAUGAAUAGACUGUUCAUGCAUUUGCUUUUUACUGUGUCAGGAAAUCCUCUGGAUUUGAGGAGACAUUUUGAUGUCUCUGGUAAGGAAUGGGAGAGAUGAGGAGAUGGAGGCGGACUCACCAUCCACGCAUGGUUGCCAGCUGGGAAAAAUGUCCAGGUUUCUCUACAAGGUGGUUCUGAGUGUGCUGAGGCACAAACAGCCCCUUGAACAGGUUCUUCCAGAGACACUGAGCAGGUACCAGCAUUGGGAGACUUUGGGAUUCUGCCCAGCAUUACUGGGCUGUGUUUGCAGUGUCUCACUCAACUCAGGCAGCAGAGACAUCCUGAGGGCUUCUUCUCCUUAAACCAGUUUCCAAAUGCAGAGAAAUAAAAUCAUUCUGUUCUGUC